ACUCGACCCCGCGCUGCGGUCGCACGCAACGGGGGUCCCGGGGGAGACAGCGAAGGGGGUCCCGGGGUGAGAGGGGGUCUCGGGUGAGAGGGGAUACCAGGGGGUCUCGGGGUGAGAGGCCGCGGCGAGAAGACGCCGGUGGAAGGAUACGCGGGCGAGUUCAUCCAUCGACAUGAUUCGCAUCGCGGCGCUGAACGAGGCGGCCGCGCCGAGCGGGGAGCGCGGCGCCGUCGAGGGCGCCAACUCGAGAACCAAGGAAGCGCAGGAGGCAGAAGCGUUUGCAGUUUACAACAAAGCUCUGGAACUUCAGAAGCACGACCGAGUCGCGGAAGCCACGGAAGUUUAUCACAAGCUCCUCCGCACCCCUCUGCUGAAAGAGGCGGUUCCCAACGACGAUGAGCAGCAGGAAGGGGUGCUCAAAGGCACCGGGUUCAUGCUCAAGUAUUCCGCGUACAAGAACCUGGCGAGCCUCUCGGCCCAGUCGGGGAACCUGCAGACCGCUCUGGAUUUUUACCUGGAGGCCGUGCUACUAGACGCUUCGGACGUGACGCUGUGGUUCAGGAUGGGCAGUGUGGCGGUGCGGCUGCUGCGGAUGCCGUUGGCACGGCACGCCUUCGAGGAGGGCCUGCGCUGCAGCCCCGCGCACUGGCCCUGCCUCGACCGCCUCAUCACCGUACUUUAUGCACUCGGGGACUACGGCUGUUGCCUGUACUACAUCUACCAAGCGCUACAGAAGGACCCCGGCUAUGGCAAGGGGCUUGUGCUGAUGGCAAAGAUCUUCCAAGAGCAGCCAAGCCUCAAAUAUGACUCCUUCUCUAUGUUCUCCAAGUGUGACCCCCGCAUACACUCGGCGCGAGUGAGCGAGGAGGAGGCCAAGGCGUUUAUUGACGAGGCAUUGGAACUGAGGGAGAAGCGCCGCACCUUCUGGGAGCCUCAGGAGGCCGAGGAGGAGCCCACCCUGGCGUACCCGCUGCGUGAAUUCACCUGGAAGAGUCUGGGCGUUUGCCUCCUGGAGACGUUCAAGGACUUCACGGUACAGGAGCUGCCGUGUCCCAGCCUGGGCCUCCACGUCGACCUCUCGGCCUAUGUCAGCAAGGAGCUGCUCGCGACAGCACCCAAGGGAACAUCCUCCUCCAACUCCACCUCCUCCGCCACUACCGCCGCCUCCUCCCCCGCUACUGUUUCUCCCGACGCUCCUCUUGCCGGGGUCGUCCAGGCCACGCCUGUGCCCACACCUCAGGACACCAGCACAGCGAGCCAGGCCCAGGGUUCUCACCGGGCCGAGUCCCCGGUGGCGGCGGUUGUGGGGGCAGCAGUAGCGGCGUUGGUGGCGCCACCCCCUGGGCACCCAUCCAGCGACUCUGAGCUUGUCCUGGACGCAGUUGUGGCCGAGUGGGGCCUGGCAUGGACCACGGGGCCCACGGGGGCCACAGAAACAAUGGGGGCCACGGGGCCCGCUGGGCUCACGUGGACUGCUGGGCUCACAGAGACUAUGGCACCCAUGGGGUCCAUGGGAACCAUGGGACCCACGGAGUCAUCUGGACCCACAGGGAUCACGGGGCCCAUGGGAUCCAUGGGACCGACCGGGUCCGCUGAGCCCAUGGAGACCGCCGGGCCCACGGGAACCACGGAACCCACGGGGUCCACUGGGGUCGCGGGGACUGCGGGACCCACGGGACCCGCUGGGCUCAUAGGGACCAUGGGGACCAUGGGAUCUACAGGGCCCACGGAGCCCACGGGACCCACAGGGCCUACGGAGCCCACGGGACCCACGGAACCCGUGGUUCCCACGAGAUUGAGUUCGGCGGGCGACGACAACGAUGUGGGCAGCAGUGACGUGUCGUCCACAGAGGCCGUCGCCGCCACGCCGCAGAGCUCCUCUUCGGCCUCCCAGCCACGACCCCACCACGGCGCCACGUCACCCAGCCAGGGCAUCGCUGCCGUCCCGGCCGGGGGGCACACGUACGCCAUCACGGCUCACGCGCGCUCCGCUCACCUCGCCGCCGCUGCCGCUGCCGCCGCCACCGCCGCCGCGCACACCAGCAGCGGCGCCUCAACGCAGCCGUCCUUCAAAGGUGCGAGUGGGGAGGCGGUACGGCGAGGAAACAAGCGCCGGCGUCUGCCCAAUGACGACCUCGGCGGAGAGACGGCCAAGCGGCGCUCAGCGCGUGUUCGGAACACGCGCGGCAAGAAGGAAGAGAAGAUCGACUUCCAUGAGCUGCUCUCCAAGUUCCUGCCAUCCCGGCUCAAGCAGGGCGAAGAGCCCAGCGAUAUCCACGGAUCAUCUCCCUUUCCCCUGGAUCCAGCAGCUGAGCCCAAGUCACACUGGGCCGCUCAUGAAAAUAACAAAGCGGAAGACGUUUCCUUUAUAGAGAAUGAACGAGUUGAAGUCCUGGAAUUCCUGCGGAGCAACCAGAUGAACGGGGGCCUCCUGGACCUGAUGGUGCGUUACCUGAAGGCCGUGUGCACGCGCGCACUCUGCAAGUGGCCCCUAGGGCUGCCGGAGAUCGUGCUGGAGAUCUACUACGCAUGGCGGCCGCAAGUCUGCGCCCUGCCCAACGUCCUCUUCCGCAACUGCUCUGACGAACACAUCAAGGAGGUGAUGACAUGUUGUCUCGUGUGUCACGAACUGCAGCUGGACCAGUGGCUUGUAACGUGCCAGGCCCAGUCCACAGCUGGCACAGCAGUGACAGCGCGCAGAGUGCAGCUGGGGCCAGAUUUCCCCGGCCGCUUUUACGAGCAGGACCUCUUCCACCUCGUUUUGUCGUCAUCGCAGCGCGACGUGUUUGGGGCAGACUGGCUGGCGUUCUACUUGCGCGUGAACUGGCUACGCACUCGCUUCUACGUAUUGCUGGGUGAGGCUGACGAGGCCCUGGACUGCCUCGACCUCUGCUUGGAGGCACUGAAGGAGCACGUGGGCGGCGGCGGCGACAUCGCCAUGGAGACAGAGGGGGGCGCAGCAGAGGCCGGCGAGAGGCCGAGUGGUGCCGUGGCAGCGGUGGUGGUGCACAUGCCCAACCUCGCUCUGGACUCAACCGUCUCCCUCGCGCAGGUGGAGCAGAAGAUGAAGUCCCUGGAGCGGUGCCAGUCGCUGGAGGAGGUGCAGCGGCUGUUCAAGCGUGGGGAGUACGCCCAGGUGGCACGCCUGCUGCGCCCCACGCUCACGGAGGGCGCUGUGGCUGCGGCCACGACGGCCGGCCAGGGGACCGGUGGCGGCACUGCUGCGGCGGCUGCGAUGGUAGCGCCAUGCCAGGACGGGCAGCGGCGACCCGCCCUCCCCGAGAGGCCCGUUCAGCUGCUGCUGCUGCAGAACUCGCUGCUCAAGCUGGAGGAAUUUGCCCGCUGCCUCGAGUGCUCGGAGCUGGCGCUGCACGAGGCGAUGCAGCAGGCGCAGGCGCGGGCGGCCAGCGCGGGCGGCGCCGAGUGGAGUGCUGCGCUCGGCAAGCUCCUCGCCGGCAUCGACCGCUGCCUCUCGCAGGAGUCCUCGGCGCUGCAGGGUCACGGCACCUGCAUGAGCCGGCUGGCGGCCAACCUCAUCCAGAUGAUCGAGAUUUCCACAAGCUUAGAGGACGGCCGGGAGUCUUCGGCUACGCAUGCCGCCUCGAUGGGGCUGCACCCCGUGCUGCCGUGGAUCGUGCUUUAUCGCAUCAUCCGCCUCGAGGAGCAGCAAUUCCACGCCCUGUGCCCACGCCGCGCGCUCACGCGGCGCGUACGUGACGACGAGGACGACGAGGACGAUGAGGACGACGAAGACGAAGAGGACAUCAGGCAGAUGUUGCCCUCGUCCGUGAUGCUGCUCAACACGGCGCACGAGAUGCUGGGCCGGCGCUCGGCCUGCACCAUCGCCGAUGGCGCUCUCCUCAAGUUCUACGUGCGAGUGCUGCAGCGCGAGCUGGCCGAGGCCGAGGGCGAGGCGGAGGACCCCCACCCGUUUCGCGAGGAGCUGGGCACGGCGCUGGAGCAGUGCUUCUACUGCCUGCAUGCCUAUCCCAGCAAGAAGAGCAAAGCCCGCUACUUGGAGGAGCACACGUCGAACCAGGUGGAGCUGAAGUGGGACGACGCCGGCUGUCUGUUCGAGUACUUCAAACCCAAGCAGCUGCCCGAGUUCGACAGCUACAAGACGAGCACCGUGUCGGCCGACCUGGCGAACCUGCUGAAGCGCAUCGCAGCCCUGGCGCCGUCUCCACCCACGCCGCACGCGCUCAGCGUGGAGGAGGUGCUAGCCUACGUCGAGGGCGUCACGCAGCAGCCCCCCACGCUGCCCCUGGAUGCCCCCCCAAGCCCCACGGUGGUCCAGCAGGUAUUUUACCUGCUCGCAGACUACCACUUCAAGAACAAGGAGCAAGUGAAAGCCAUCAAGUUUUAUCUCCUGGACAUCCGUGUGUGCCCUGACCGGUUCGACUCGUGGGCCGGCAUGGCGCUGGCGCGGGCGAGCCGCCUACAGGACAAGCUCAACUCGAACGAGCUGAAGAGCGAUGGCCCUGUGUGGAAGCCGGCGCUGGCCACCCUCACCUGCUUCCAGCGCGCGCUAGAGCUUGACCCCACGAACCUGUCACUGUGGAUCGAGUACGGCGCCGCCUGCUACGCUCUGCACUCGUACUCGUCACGGCAGUGCAAGCACGGUGGCCUGCAGGAUGACGUGGCGCAGGAGAUGGCGGCGCGGCGUGAGAAGAUGCUGGAGCGCGCGCGCGACAGCUUCGUGGCGGCCGGGCGCUGCAAGGCGGCCGGCGACUCGGAGGAGGAGGCGUGGCUCAUCCACUACAUGCACGGGAAGAUCGCAGAGAAGCAGGGAGCGGAACCCAAGACGUACCUGCAUCACUAUGCACAGGCAGCGCAUCACCUGCACGAGGUGGCGGCACGCUACCCGAAGAAGAUUCAUUACCACAGUCAACCAGACCUGGCGAUGGAGGCCUUGGAGGUUUAUUUCCGUCUGCACGCAUCCACCCUGAAGCUGCUGGAGAAGGGGGCGCCCGGCGGAAAGCCCGACGUGGAUUUUGAGGAACUCUACCGGGUCAUGUGGGCCACGGCCAAUGGGCCGUUCGCUCGCGGAGAGGAGAAAAACGCGUACAAACUGGCGGAGAAGGACACUCGCGGUGGUGCCACAGAUGACGAAGCUCGCGAUCUAAGUGCCGUGCCGAGCGCGAACGCCCCUCCUCAUCACGCGCAGCCACCGAAUCACAGCUCAGGUGUGCCACACCACGUACCACCACCACCACCACCAUCAGAAGCAGCCUCAACUACCGCCACCCCACCUCCCCAGCCGUGCCCUUCCGCCCCGACUGACCACGAUUACAUCCGGCAAGGCCUACUCACCUCCUACGCCCAGCCUUACCAGGAACACAGUCAGGAAAGUCUGAUUGUGCUGACCUCCGACUCGAGCUCUGCCAACGACGUGUUUGUUGGAGACUUACAAACUACUUCUGGCUCGGAGGGGGAGCAGCACGGGGCACCAGCGAAGCCGGGGGGAGAGGCAAAGAGGUGCAAGACGAAGAGCCAAGGCGACACUGUGGGCGACAUGGUGGGCGACGCUACAGGCGACGUUCCGGUGGGGGGUGACACGGUGGGCGACACGGUGGGCGACACGGCUGCGGGCAAGGUGCAGGGUGGAGCCGCCGUGGGCGAGGUUAAGGGCUGUGCCGGUGGCUCGACCUUGACGGUCGAAGGGGAGACCAUGCGGAGCGCGGAGAAUCCCCUCUCCUUGGGAUGUGUAGAAGCGGAAUUGAAAACGAAAGCAGUGGAAUCCAAGGGCAAUCUGAGAGACCCUUCCUACUCCACGGCCUCCAGCGCCGUCACCGCGUCCAACGUCGGCGCCGCCUCCGCCACGUCCAACGCCGGUGGCGGAACCGUGCCACCCCUCGCCGCUUCCCCGGCAGGCGCCGACUCGGUGCCCCCGGCCCCGCCGCUGCCGGCGUGCCGCGCCACGUGCCGCCGCGCCCUGGUGGACAUGUGCGUGCGCGCCCUGCGCCUCUGCCUCAACCGCUUCCCCCAGCACUACAAGAGCCUGUACCGCCUGGCGCACCUCUACGCUCACGGGCGUGAGCACAAGAACCUGGCGUGGGCUCGGGAUGUGCUGCUGGGAAGCGCGAUGGCAUGGCAUAAGCUUCCACACAUGCCAGCACAGGGCCUCCUGUUUGAGCGCAACAAAACCAACUUCUUCAACGGCGUGUGGCGGAUCCCCGUCGAUGAGAUUGAUCGCCCCGGCAGCUUCGGCGCUCACAUGAAUCGCUCCAUCGUACUGCUGCUGGACGUUCUGCAGCGGCUCAAGGACCACGACACGCUGCUGCGAGUGUCGUCCGCUCUCCACCGCACGCCUGACCAGGGGAAGAAGUAUCUGCGUGAUGUGGAUCGCCUGCAGUUGGCAAAGCAGGCCUUCUCCUCCGCCGCACAAGUCUUGGAUGAAAACUUGCAGAACAUUGUUAAAACGGAGGAGGAAGCGGAGCAGCGUAAAGGCUCCUGCAGCAGGCCGGAGGCUCGACACGCAGGCGUGGGGAGCAGCGUCGAGCAAGGCAGAGCCAAGCCGGCGUUUAACCCCUUCACAGAGAGCUCCACAAAGCUGGGGCGCAUGGAGCGUGUACGUUCCUUGCUGCUGGAGGCAUUCCGUCUGUGGCAGCAGGGUCAGAGGUCACAGGCAGACGACCUGGGCCGUGUGGAGCAGGUCAUCGUGCGCGCGUACACGCUCAUCAAGCCGCCAGAGGAAGGAGGGGCGUCUUUGGAGCACGCUAUUCGAUUGUGUCACCAGCAGCUGUCUGCAACGAUGCAGAAACAGAUGCCAGCGGAAGGUCCCUUGACACCAAAGUUUACAAAGGACUGCAGGGAAAUGUUUGUCCCUGCCCAGCAGCAGAGCCAGCAUGUGUAUGUGCCCACGGCGCCCAGCCUUGUGCACGCACCCGCCCGGCAGCCCCAGGGCCCGCGACCGUGGCUACAGGAUUACAAUGCCAAGCCCGGAGACGGCGUUCGCGCCAGGCCCAGAGGCACCCAGACCUCUGUGUCCAGGCUCGUCAUACCCCUCAAAAAUCCGCCUAUCCCUUCAUCAAUGUCCCACUCGAUGACCAAAACCAUGGCACAGACGUCGCACUCCGUGCACGCUUCCACAGUGCCGAAGUUUACGUCGGCUCCAAUAGUUCACUCGCAUUCAGCGGGAACCUCUUCCGCCGCGCUGGCCAUGAGGACGCAGGCACAAUCGCAGUCGGCACGGUCGUCGUUAGUGAUGUCAGCCCUACCCCACACGUCUUCAUCCCUUGCCGCUAAACCGAGGGCUCCGUAUCCAUUGUCGCGGUCAUCCGCGGCAGCGCCCUCCACAUCAAAAUUUCCCUUCAAAUCGACACAGAUAUCGUCCAUGCCGUCAAUCUUGCCAUCAGGAGCCUACUACGUGGCAUCGAAAAUGCCGGCAGUGCCGCCCGCGACAUUGCCCAGCGCGCCGAUGCCGUCGUCGCAUUCGACCUCGGCUUCAUUCCGUGCCACGUCCGCGAGGUCUGGGCCAGCCGCCUCGUCAUCGGCUUCGGCUACGGCAGCAGCUCGCGCGGUGGGGACGACUUCCUCUUCAUCUCUGCUGGCAAAUGUCCCAGCGACAGUGGUGGCCUCGCUCUCCAAAAUGUCAGCGCCCUCCAUGUCGGCCGCCAAACUGGCCCUUUCGUCACGAGCACCGGGGUCUCAGCUGAACCCCUUCACGGUGCCACCACUCUCCACCACCGUCACAUCACACACGCUCACCGCCGGGGUGACGGAGGAGACGAAGCAGCGGUUAAAGCGAGCACAGUCCACCAUCCUGCAGCACCACUCCUCGCGGGCGGCGGUGGCGGCGGUGGCGGUGGCGCGUGCACAGCAGCGGCCGCCACGCUCCGCGCCGCGGCCCAGCGCCACCGUGGACAUCUCCAGCCCGGACUCGUCCUCUUCCUCCUCCUCUGUGCAGAGCCUCUCCAGCACCGACAACGACGACGACGACGACGACGACGACGAUGACGACGACGUCAUUAUGAUGCAGUGAUGGCCGGCGAUACCUCCACGGGUUGUGAAUCGGACUGACUUGGUGGACUGGAGACUGCGUUGAUCGACCCUCAUUGGCAAUUGCAAAUAACUAGCCAAUGGAAAAUAACUGAAUUGCACUCGAGUGCUGGGUGAAGCUGGAACCAUAGGAUUGGCAGAAUUCAACCUAGCACGGGUAUCCUAGUAGGAAAGAUUUAAACAUUUGUAGUUUUGUAUCUGUUCAUUAUCAGUUUGACUGCCGUAUUGGGUGACUUGUUGACUAUUUUGGUACUUUUCGAGACCAUUGGUUUUAACGAGGCACUUUUUGCACGAUUCGUGUGUCGCAUGCCGUGUGCAGUGUUGUGACCUGGCACGGCGACCCCACUGCAGUGCUUGUCAUUACACCGGAAGUGGUGCUUGUCAACAAUGUCACCGUGUAAAGUCGACUCGUGAAAUUAUGUUUCAAGCAACCUGGCCUUUGCAGAUAACACCAGAGCUGUAAUUAACUGAAGGCUUUGCCAUUGCUUUUUUUACAUACUCAAUUGCGGUCUUAAUUUGAGGUGGUAUGAUAGGCUUGGCAUUGGAAUGGGAAUCACACUUCAAAAUGUUCAGAGGUUUACUCACAGAUCAAAAAUGCACCACCCACAGUAGUCUCUUACAUUGAGAUACAACUUUGACUGGAAGUGGUGGUUCUAGUCUAUCGGGCCUUGCUUGAUGCUCGGCUCCUGCAUUUUCAGUUACUCGGUUUUGACGUUUGCUCGGGUAUGAUGGCGCCCCCCCACGUUCCUUUUGUACGUUCCAUCCCUGCUGAAGCUUAAGGCGGCUCUGGUUGUAUGCUGGUCAACGUGUGAUAAGUUGUGCAAUUAAAGUAUUACACGGCGA